AUGGCGUCAAACUACGGAGACCUCACUCACCUCCUGCCGCUGACCUACAAGCAUACGAUCGCCACCUGGCUGGAGGAGGAUUGCCCCAGCUUCGACUAUGGUGGCUUCGUCGUCGGGGAAGCUCUCGGCGAAGCGAGGCUGUUGGGGAAAAGCAAGGGCGUUGUAGCUGGUGUGCCUUUCUUCGAUGAAGUGUUUGCACAGCUAGGUUGCACGGUUGAGUGGAAUGUCAAAGAGGGGGAAACGAUCGAACCGAUCACAGUAUGUGCAAUCGUUCGCGGCCCAAUGCGCAAGAUCCUCCUGGGUGAGCGGGUCGCGCUGAACAUCCUGGCCCGAUGCUCUGGGAUUGCUACGAAGACAUCUACCCUCGUCAAGAUCCUCCGCUCCCAUGGCUGGAAGGGAAUCAUCGCCGGAACCCGCAAAAACACCCCGGGCUUCCGGCUCGUGGAGAAAUAUGGCGUUCUCGUCGGCGGCGCGGACCCGCAUCGCCACGACCUCAGCUCCAUGACCAUGCUCAAGGACAACCAUGUCUGGGCCUGCUACAAUAAAGGCCAGGCGGCGUCCUCCGUUUCGACCGCGACAAUAGCCCAGGCCAUCCCCACCGCCGUCGCCGCGGCGCGCGCCGCAGGAGGCUUCUCCAUGAAAAUCGAAGUCGAGUGCCGCAACAUCGAGGAAGCGAAUGCCGCCAUCGAUGCUGGUGCGAAUAUCAUCAUGCUUGAUAAUUUCUCCGCGGCUGAGGUGGGCAAGGCAGCGAAGCUGUUGAAGGACUCAUGGACGGCGAAGGGAAAACCGCGCGGCUCGUUUUUGAUCGAGGUCAGUGGUGGCCUCAACGAAAGCAAUGCGGCGUCCUUCGCGGCUGAGGAUGUCGAUAUUUUGUCCACUAGCAGUAUUCAUCAGGGGGUUGGGAUUGUGGAUUUCUCACUGAAGGUCUCUUUGAAGUAG